GAGCUUUUUUCGAUCGUCUGCUUUUAAAAGACCUCUUUUGGCCCCUAUCGACCGGUGCAUGAGUUUAGCAACAUGGCACCCCUGACACUCAGGGAGUUUUCUGUGUACGGCAUGUUUGUCUUAAUGUUCGCUGCAAUUCUCUAUGGUAGACCACCAGUACAUGCGAAGAACUUUGAAGCAGCAUUUCAAGGAGAAUGCCGUGAAGACAGUCCUUGCCAACACUUGUGCUUCGAUUUGCAUGAUGGUACUUUCGAAUGCGCAUGCAAAGAAGGGUUCACUUUGUCUGUGAACGGCUACAGCUGUAUAGAAAACUCUAAAAUGAAAGAUAGGAUAAAUUGGACCAACUCUUCGAUUUGGAUGGAAAAUGGAACGUCGAUAGAAGAUUUUUUCGAUUCGGAUGACAUAGAGAAAAUACAUUCUGUGCAUACUAUUAAUAAAGGCCACCCAGAAAGCCUUUCCCAUACGUUUGAUGAACCACAUCCAGAGCGAAAUCAUAUUCAAUUGAACUUAGACACUUUGGGCAAAGAUGAAAAAAAGCGGACACAUCGGCCGAUUUCAUAUGAGCAUCUGUACGAUAACUCGGCUGGACGUUCACUUAACUCGCUAAACGUUCAUGCGUCAGAAAUUCCAUCACCAUCAAAAACUGAUAACCACAUAGAUAUUUUUCAACCCAUGAACACAGUUGUUGUUUCUACGCCAUCUGUUCAUCAAAUCUUUCAUAGUUGUUCAGAUUUGCAGUGUGAAUCUGGUGGUAUUUGCGUUUCUGAUUCAAAAAGCAAACAUAAAGUUCGAUGUAGAUGUCCUUUACAGCGCAGUGGAACUUUUUGUGAACAAGCUGUCCAAGCUAAAUAUCCCAGGUUUCGGGAAGGUUCUUACCUUGCUCUUCCAAUUCUUCGAGAUGCUCAUAAAUCCAUGCAAGUGACUUUGGAAUUCAGACCUGAAGCAAAUGAUGGACUAAUACUGUACAGUGGGGAAAAAUUAGAUCUGCAAGAAGAUUUUAUUUCGAUCACGUUAAACAAAGGAUUUAUAGAAUUCAGGUUUGAUUGUGGUAUGGGUGAAGGCAUACUUAUCAGUGACCAACCAGUUGUUUUACGUUCUUGGAAUACGUUAACAAUCUACAGAGAUAGGUGGGAUGCUUGGAUGCAACUAAAUAGUGGUAGUCAAGUCCAAGGUAGAUCUAAGGGUUUGUUUUCAAGAAUCACUUUUCGCCUGAAUUUGUAUGUUGGUGGAUCACCAAAUAUUAGUCUAGUCGCAGAGAGAACACAAGCAAAGUCAAGUUUUAAAGGAUGUUUACGUCAUCUAGCUAUAAAUCGUCAAGUAUAUGACUUCCGCCCUCGUCCGAAAGGAGACGCUAUCGAAGGAGUUGAUAUUGAUGAAUGUAGUGCAGAUGUUUGCAGCAAAGUUACUUGCCUAAAUGGAGGCCAGUGUGUUGCAGCUAGUCCUGAUUAUGGAGUUUGUCUCUGCCCAUUAGGAUUUAUUGGAGAUCAGUGUGAAACUGCUAUGGAGCUUAUAGUUCCCUUAUUUAAUGGCUCUUCCUAUCUCCAAUAUCCUGGUCUCGGAAAUACUGUGCUAUCAUUUAUUGAGCUUCAGAUUGUAUUCAAGCCUUAUAGACCAAAUGGAGUUUUAUUUUACAAUGGCUAUAAAAUGGAUGGUACUGGUGAUUUUAUCUCACUCACUCUUGUCAAUGGUUUUCUUGAGUUUAGAUUUGAUCUGGGUACUGGAGUAGCUGUUAUCAGGAGUGAGGAACCAUUAGAUGUUGGAGUAUGGCAUACAGCAUUUAUUUCAAGGACUGGAAGGGAUGGCAUUCUAGAAGUGGAUGAACAGAAAAGAGUAGAAGGCAUGUCUCCAGGAGCUUUUACUCAAUUAUCACUUCCAUUGAAUAUGUACAUUGGUGGAGUACAUGAUUUACGUGAUGUAGCUAGAAAAGCUUCAAUUACAGAAUCAUUUACAGGAUGUAUUCAAAAGGUAAUCAUAAAUGGAAAGACUUUAAAACUUGUGGAUGAUGCAUUGUCAGGGAUUAAUGUUGCUAAUUGUUUGCAUUCAUGUGUGGAAGAACCUUGUAAAAAUGGAGGUCACUGUGAACCUAGAAUGGAUUAUUACUCUUGUCAUUGUCAUUUAGGGUAUGCUGGAAAUAACUGUGAGAAAGAAGUUACAGAAAUGAUAGCAGAACCUAUGUUCACUGGUGCAAGUUACUUGCACUAUAUGGAUGAAAGUAUAGUAAAACGAAUUCGUGGAAACAAAAUUGAUAUCAGGUUCAAAUUCAGAUCCUUUGGACCCAGUGGAUUAUUACUAUGGUCUGGUAAAAAGGAAAUGAGUACAUCAUCUGAUUAUCUUGCACUCGGGCUACAUGAUGGUUAUUUAACAUUUCAAUACAACUUGGGAUCUGGUGAAGUAUUGAUUGUUUAUAACUCCACAAAAUUAGAUGAUGGAAAAUGGCAUACAGUGAGAGCAAUACGGGUGGAACAAGAAGGAUCUCUUGUUGUUGAUGGUGGAAUGAGAGCAACAGGUGCAUCACCUGGAUCACUUAACCAAUUAAAUGUUAACAAUGGAUUAUAUUUAGGUGGAAUGGAUAGUAUGGUCAGUUUAAGUAUGAAUAAAUAUCACUCAGGACUUGUUGGUUGCCUUGCAAAUGUGACUCUAUCAACAGACUAUCACAUUCGUCUCAUUACACAUGCAACCACUGGGAUCAACAUACAGCCUUGUCUCUAGAAUAUAAAUAAAAAUUAAGCAGAGUAAAAGAGUGUGACUCAUCUCCUGCUAGAUUCAACACAUGUACAGAUGAUAAAUGUAGGAUAAACUUCCUAUGGAUAGUAGGUCCACACGUGUAGCUAAAACUGCCUGCAGUAAUGAGAAACAAAAGGGAAUCUUUUGCAACAUUCACUGCAGUCACAAACCAUUAUGGCAGAAUUCUGUAGUUUGUGUUCACAGAUUCAUGUGCCACAAGGAAGAUUUUAUACAGCUUUUCCUUGAUCGUGACCCCAUGUGUUGUGCUAGUGCCUUCAGUAAGCAGCAAGAUAUCAGUUUUCUGCACCAGUCAUUCUACCACUCAUACUUCUUAGUACAUGUCCCUAUAUAUAAUAAACAUGAAGGAUUAGCUCUAUUUUUAUUUGCAUUUCCCAAUAAGUUAAGCGAGGAUAAAGUUUUACAAGUGAAAGAUAUUUUUAGAAAGGUCUUAAAUAUCUACCUUAUAACUUAGAAGAGAGAAUGACAGCUUCCUAUUUAUUAGGAGCUAUGUUUAUAUUGUAUUAAAACAGGCCCAAUGUGACCAAGUUGUGACCAGAAUUGUUGGGAACAUCAGUUCGAAUUUGUUCAUCAGCAAACGUAGUUCAUAUUUACUAGAAAAAUAUGUCUGAAUGUUUCAAAAAACAAAAAUCAUCUUUUUUCACUGAACUUGACAUAUUCAUGAACUGUUCUGAUGCAGUGUUCUUUUGUAACAAUGUGUAUCCUUGUUCAUUAAUGUUAGUUAGUAUUUAUACUAUGAGAUGGGCCCAAUAUCCUAUAAGGUGCACUUCACUUAGAUGUUCUGAACUAGAUCAAAAGCAAUGACUAAAACUAAUUUGAACCUUUAUUUAAGAAUAUAAUAAAAGUGGGCUUCACCAAUUCAUUUUUAUGAAAAUAAGUACAGUUAUGCAUUUUAUGUGGAAUAUAAUUUUUAAAGUCUUAAUUUCUGAAGAAAAAUUUCAGUUAUCAGAAAAAUUUCUGCAACUGUUUCCAAGUGGAAAAGAAAAUAAAAAGAAGAGACCAAAAAUAACAUUUGAUAUUUGUACAUAAACUAUAUGUGUAUGUGAUGCGUAAAUGUAACAAACACAUGUUGGAAAAUCUAUCCAAGGACAGUGUUUAAACUUCUUUAGAAGUAAACUAUUGAUCGAAUUUGUUAUGUGAUAUUAGUUUUAAAUGUAUUUAGCACUGCAAAGAGUUUUUCCAGUUUUGUUUGACAUUAUCAUGAUGCUGAAACGAUGCAGUUUACUAGAUUAGGAAUAAGCUUCAAAUGUGUCUUAGCUUUUUAAAUAAUCUUCUAGGUAUUGAAAACCACAAUUGCUUCUAUAUGAUUCUUCUUUAGUGACAAAAAAGCUUUUUAUAAAUUGAAAUAUAAGAAUAUAGUUUGUUCUAAGUACAUAUAUUGAUAGUUGCUUUUUGGUGCUACUUUACAACGCCAACUUUAGUACCUAUAUAUACAUAUACAUUACUGAAGCAUUUUGAGCACUUUUCUGUUGUAUUUACUAAUGCAUUUAUUUAUAUUUUUUCCUUGCAGAUAAUCUCUCUCUAUAUAUAUGGUUAUUUUUAAAGAGAUGUGAUUACUAAAAUAUAUAUUGAAAACAUUCAUUUAACAGCUCAGGUUUGUCAAUGCUUAACUUAGUCAAAUUCAUCUUGGGUAAAAGCUAAACAUGUUUUAGAUUUUCAGUAUUUUUUUUUUCCUUUAUUUAAAAUUCUAAUAAACAUUUUCAUACCACUACAACAUUUUAGUGCAUGUGAGACACUUUUUUUUAAAUAUUAUUUUUAAAGUAUGUAGAAAUUUUAUGCAAUCAAAUAAAAGAAAACAUAUCAUAAAAUAUUUGAAAUAUUAAUUGCAACAACUUUUUAUAAAUAUAUUGCUUACCCAAAAGGCUUACCUACCUGCCUAACAUAACAUCAAUUAAUGCAAGUGUGAUCUAGUCAAUAAUGCUGUUUAUUUUGAGCCAAUAUUGUGUAAUAUUUCAUUUGUUCUGAAAUCUAAUUAAAAUGCAUUAAAUUCUAAUCUUAUUUUAUGAAUGGGUAAACAACUCACCAAGCACUUUGUAAUGAUACAUCAAACUUGGAUUCAUACAUUUAGAACUAAAAAUUAAAUUUAUUUCCUUUAACUAAAAUAUUUUAGUAAUUUAAUUUGUCUGGAGCAUUUAAGAAGACAAUAAUGCCAAAGGUCUUUCAAAGAGUAAAUUCACUUUUGAAACACAAUAUAUAUAAUGGUAAAAAUGCUUACUUACUUAGUUUGUUUUACUUAUGUGAUCAACAAAUAACAUUUCCUACAUAUAGUUAAGAAUCUCAAUUAUUUUCAAAAAAUGUUGCUAUGUAUACAUGUGCAUAUAUGCAUGUAUCCAUACAUAUAUAUACAUACAGGGUUCGGCAAAUCCUGGUCACCUGUGAAACUAAAAUAAUACCUUCGCAACUAGUACUUUCAGAAAAAGGAUCUUUCAAACAUCAUUGCACAGAAAUCUCCUAUAAACUCUGAGAAUUAAUUUCUCUGGCUCCUAAACAUUUUUCCUAGUUCCUAAAAUAUUUACAAUUUUUGUUGGUUUCUGUAUAUAUGUUUAUCUACAUAAGGAUAUCUCAACUCGCACGGAAAAAAGCUUGAAAAAUGCACAGAGCAAUGAAGAAUUAAAACUGAUUGAAAGUGCGAAAUCAACUGGUACUCAUUGUACAUCUAAAGGAGAGGGGGAGUUGAAAACAUUUGGGGUACAAAAAAGUUUUAUAUCAAGCAUUUCUGUCUAUAUACAUAUGUAUGCAUACAUAUUAUAAAUGAGAUUUUUAACCUAUAUUCUCAAUGAUAUCUUGUAGAAAAAUUUAAUCACAUCACUAAACGUUCUACUCUAGUAUAGAUGGGUAUAUAUAAAUCUAUUAUAAAGCAUAGAAAAAAUAUAAUGAAAUAUAGAAAAAUAUAAAUGAAUUAUUUGUAUUGAAUAUGUGUCAAUAUUAUGCAAAUGUUAUUUUAUGAUGUAUAAUGUUACUGAACCAGAAUUGCUUUCAUUUCCUUAAAUUUUAUACAUAUUGCCAGUACUAUGCAUUGAACUGUCAGUAUCAACUCGGAUUAUAUUUUGCCAAACAGCACACAAUCGUGUAUGAUGUAUUCUAUUGUAUGCCUUUUAAAUUGAAUUAUGUAAUAUUUGUGGGAAAAUGUUUAAAAUUUCAUAAUAUAUAGCACUAUCAUUUUUA